AUGAUCGCGAGCGUGACGCUGUACUUUGACAUGAACAGCAGAGACAGACGCCGGUCGCCUCGUUGCAAGGACGUGAGCGGAUCCGAGCCGAAGUCGACGGAGCAUGUCGUUCAGCUUGUCACGCGAGACGUCAGUACGUUGGUGAUACUUUCGGUGCGACGACGUUUUGGAUGUGACAGUCGUCGUGGAGAGCAUGCAUGA